ACUUUCCGCCCCCUCCUCCUCCACUGGAUGAUGCAGAGCUUCCAGCCCCUCCUCCAGAAUGCCUGAUCAUCCCCCCUGCAUCUGAUGCCCCUCCUCCUGCAUUCCCAGCCCCGCCCCCAGUUGCAGAAGACCUGAUCCUCCCUGCACCUCCUGAGGAAUUAAUCUCUGUACCUUCUGCCUCCUUCUCCCCACCCCCACCUCCUCCUCCACCUCCUCCUCCUCCUCUCCCUGAGACAAGUGCAGGUGUCAGCUCUCAGAGGCUGUUACAGAAACAGACCAGUUUUGAAAGGCAGUUGGGCUCAUUGACUGAUAUGUUAUCAGAGAUGGAGACUAGCGGACCUUUCAAUCCAAAGUUGCCUAGCAAGUUUUCAUCAACCCCAGCGCCAAAGCCAGCAGCUCCUCCACCGACCACUCGUAAGCCUGCCCUUUCCUUUCUGCCUCCUCCUGAGCUGCAGGAUCGUCCUCCCCCCGCCCCGUGGGCUGAGGAGCUACGUGCUCGAACACGACCGGCCAAUCAGAACACAGCAUCUGCCCCCGCACCUGUACAGUCAUUUACUAAAGGCCCAACUGUUGCUCCAAAGAACAACUUCCCUCCCAGUCAGCUGAAUUCAAACUUUGGAUCCAAAACAGUUGCUCCAGCACCUUCGGGAGGCGCAAGAGGGUUUAACCACGUCGUUAAAACCCCCGCCCAAAGCUCUUUCCCACCACCUCCACCUGCCGCCCCUCCCGCCCCCGUUCCUCCACCAGCGAAUAUUCCUGCCCCUGCACCUACAUUCAAUCGCUCAGAAACAUCUCCCACUGGCAGACAGCAAAGCUUUGCUCCGCCUUCCCCUGCUGCACCUAAAGCAUCGCCCGUCCCGUCAUUCAACAGACCAGCAGGAAACACUGUUCCACCAAAGGUGUCUGGUUCAGGUUCAGGUCCUGGUGGAGCGCCUCUCACUAUGAGGGAAGUGGGUGAGCUGGAAAAAAUGACUAAGGACUUUAUUAAAGACAUGGACAAACAUCCUCCUGCGAUCACCGCUCCAGCUGCAGAGGUGUGUGGUAAUUGUGGAGAGGCUCUGUCUAGAUCUCAGCCAGCGGUAAGAGCGAUGGAUCGACUCUUCCACUCGCACUGUUUCUGCUGCGUGACCUGUCAGCGCCCCCUGCAGGGCAUGCAGUUCUACGACCGCGACGGGACGCCUCAGUGCGACGGCUGCUACAUGAGUUCUCUGUCUGUGUGUUCCCGCUGCGGGGAGCGGAUCACAGAUCGUGUGCUGAAGGCGGUGGGCCAGUGUUUCCAUGCUCACUGUUUCCUCUGCACUACCUGCGGCUGCACCCUGGAGGGAGCUCCUUUCAUCACCGAUGACCAAAACAAGCCUUACUGUGUCAAAGAUUACCAUCGCCGUUUCUCUCCUCUUUGCGUAAGCUGCAAUGAGCCGAUUGUUCCCGACCCUGGAAGUGAAGAGACCAUCAGGGUUGUUGCCUUAGAGAAGAACUUUCACCUGAAGUGCUACCGCUGUGAGGAUUGUGCUCGCCCCCUUUCCAUACAGCCAGACGAUGAUGGCUGCUAUCCAUUUGAUGGCAAAAUUCUGUGCAUGAAAUGCCACACCCAGCGUGCCAAGCAGGCCAAAAAUUGAUUGGUGGAACUUGCCACAAACCUAAACCAAAUUUAAGACACUUAAUUGUGUUUAUGAGUGUUGUACUUCUCUUUUCCAUUUCACAUUGUCAUUUUCUAAUUUUCCUCAUGUUUGCUCAAUGACGGUUUCGUCGUCUCUCGACAAAGCUCUGCUGCUUUUUUCUGAAAGGCCUUAUUCAGAGCUCGGCCGAUAGCUUGCCCUUAUGUCUUUCUUGUAGGGAUUGAUGUGUGCGAGCGCAGUGUUAGUGCCUCCGUGUUGAAUGUUACACACAACAGUUUUUACCCCUAGAUUCAUAUGUAAAGUGUUAGAGAAGUGAUUUUUAGGACUGUUUUUUGGCUUGAAUUUUUACUGUAGUGGCUGAUUGGGUGCAGAGGUAAUGUACUGCACUGCCGUCUCAGCUCAGCGAGCUGUACGACUCCCAGCAUGCCUUUAAAAACAUCCAUAAAUUGUACCACAGCUGACUACUGAGGUGAGACGUAAAGUCUGUUCAUCCACAGCCAUCCAUGCACUUUCAAUAAGGCUUUCCGAAACACACCUUGUAGUUGCUGAGAAGGGCUCUGUGUGAAAUGUAGUCGCGACAAAUGGAAAAGAAGCAAAAACAAAGGCAGGGAAAGAUGAAAGAACACAGCGAUUUGUGUUUUUGUCGUGCAUGCAUCAUUUAUAGAACUGUUUGGCUGUAAAUGAACAAAUAUUUUAAGAAGCACAUUCGUUUCGUCCUAAAACGUAUCGAUCAAAAUAUGUGCAUUGAUUAUCGUAGCCAGAAUCAGUGCAGUGGUUUUUCACUCCAUUAGGUGUUUAAGGAUUGCACAAACGUAACUCAGUUUGAUGAAAAAGUAUUUCCAAAGUAAAGCACAUCAGCUGACUGAUCAAGUAUAUGACACUGUAGCUAAAGCUUUUUAAAAGCAUCUGGAUUAUGGAUGGUAUCAUCAACACAAAGGCUACAGGAUAUUUUGGAAAUAUAUAGAGCAGAAUUAUGACAAAACAUGAUUCUGAAAAAACUGAACUCUGAAUUUUUAACAGCCACCAUCGACUGUGAUUAAUGCACAAAAUUCCAGUUUUCCGCCUGUUGUGUUUCAUGUCUAUUUUUGUGUGUGUUUAUGAUAGAAACUACUGUCUCACUAACACCACUUAUUUUGGCUUUGAGAGGUAGCACUGAUAUGAUUUUCAGAAUUACUGUCUCUCUGUGUUUCCAUAGCUCUCUGUUUCUCUAUGCACCUGUUUCCCUCGACCGUCUUGUUCUCGUAUUUCAUGUAACCGAAUAAACCGAUGGCUCCCAUCAUAAAAAAAACAUCCUUACAUGACCAAAUCCAACACAUUAUGCAUGAUCUGUUGUUUUUGUUAUUACUGAGUUUUUAUACAUCAUGUCUUCACAGUUGCCUUAUUUUCAUGCUGGUAUCACAGUACUGCUAAAUGCAGUAAGCUGUUUUCGACCAGUUGAACACUUCUGGUUUAGCUUCCAUGUAUUUACCAUUAACUAGUACUUUGUCUCUUUUAUUUUUUUUUGUAAAAAAAAAUAAAAAUAAAAUCAUCUCUUAAUCUGUGAAUGUGUGCAUGUUUACGGUCGAAAGUAUGCCAGCGUGUUAUUUUUGCUAUCAUUGUUUUCCUUCCACAUUUGUACUGUAUUCUGGACUAAUAAAAGUAUGAAAUUGACAAA